UCAUCUCAGUGACGAUGAAAGAUGUGACAGCCUUGACCACAAUGCCAAAUAUCUUACUUAUUCACUAAUGAACCAGAAGACUAAUGAAAUUAUUGCAUUAUUCUCACAGAAUGGAAAAACUAGAGCAUACUAAAGCUCUUACUUACUUGAGUCAAAAUACUGCAUUAGAACAGAUAACAACAGAUAGGCAAAAAAAAAUAUGAAAGUAUAUAAGAGGAAAAAACCUGAUAUUUUUCAUCAAUUUAACAUACGGCACUUUUGCAAAAACAUAUAAGCAAAACUUGUAGCUACCAGCAAAAAUCUUCCUGCAACAUUAUCAAGAAAUGAAUAACAUCUAUUUGUAACCAUCUAUGGUAGGCAAGUGCUACUUGUAAUGAAGACGAGGAGCUUUUAAAAAAAUGAACAGGUGUUUUAUUUCAUAUCCAAAACAAGCACAAAUGGACAGGCAGUAAUAAGUUUACGAAAUGUGAGCACCCUCCUUUACCAAGAAAAAAAGCAAAAGCUAAAGAAUGAAUUAAAGCAAAGUCCGACGCAUUUCUAGCUGUGCAAACAAUAGUUUUAAAUAAACAACUUUUAGCGGACUUAAACCAUCUUACACGAUUUUCUCACACAGGUACAUUGGAAGUGUACCAUUCUUUGUACAAUAAAUGGGAACCAAAAAGUCAACAUCUUCCAUAUCUCGGAAUGAUCACUAGAACCCAGUUGGCAGUGCUAGAUUCUAAAGAAGGUAGCAACUUGGAGCAAGCAACUACAAGUGGAGGAGAAAAAAAUUAUAAAAAUAAUUUUUCCAAAAUCACUGGAACAUGGUCAUCAAAACCAAUUAAAGCUGAUAAAAACAAUUUAUAUUUGCACAGAAUGAUUUAACAGACCCUUGAAUGCGCUUCAAACAGAUUGACACUAGAGCUUCCAAAAGUGCCACAAAACCUGCCAAAAUACAUUGCUAAAACUCCCAAGCUGAACAAAAAGGAGCUGAUCACAAACCAGGUUUCCAGAUUUCAGAAAUAAAACUAUAUUUUCUUCUAGAUAUUUAUAUUUAUUUUACCAUAUGAGAUAUGUAAAGGUGACACAAAUCUCAAAUUUACAUGUUAGUCUUUCUUUCCUUCGAAGUAAAGCACGUAAUUAUUAUUAGGCUCUGGACACGUCGAUUUCCUUUUAUGCAGCAUAUUGCAUUGACCUUUUUUUUUCUUUCUAAGUGGGCUCCUUUUAAAUUGUGUAAUCCAACAGGAACAUUUUUUAAAACGUCUGCAUUUAACCAAAGUGUCUUAAAUUGGUCUAAUGUUGUUGCACAUAGUUGCUGUUCAAUUUUGUUUUGCAAAGCCCCAACUUCUUUGCAACGCAAACAAUCAAUAUCCCUUUGCUCUACCGUACAUUUUUCACAGGUGCACCACUCUUCCAGCUCUUGUCUUUUUUUCUGCUGAAAGUUUGCCAUUAUUGAAAUCUAAAAAUUCUUCCUCUGAGGCUGCCGACUCGAGGAAGAGAUAUCUAUUUCUGAUUCAAAAAGAUAGGGUUUUCAGGACUUCAUCAUUCAUUCCAUUUCUCCAACAUCUUCAUCUUCACUUUCUUGUUCAGAAAAUAUUUCAUCAUUAUUCUGAUUCAUUAAUCAAAUAUAUUCCGAGUCAGAUAUUUUUUAAGUAGUUUAAGUGUGUCUUGUUUUCUGUUUUUUUUUUAACUUUUUUCAGCACAUUUCUUUCUUAAACAUUAACACCUGUGCCUCAAUUAUGUCAGAAAAAAAGCUCAAAAAAUAGUUUAUGAAAUUGGUUAAGAUCAAUUGUUAUAAUUUAUUAAUUACUUUAGUAAAAAUGUUUUGAUUUCUUCACGUAAACAGAGUCAGUUACACAUGAAUUUUAUUAUAAGAGUUUUGUUGUUCUAAGAAUUUUAUUAACUGUUGUUAUUGUUAAUGUUCUUUCUAGUAUACAGAGCAUUUGUUUUUUUCAUCUGACUUUUAUAUACAGAAUGGACAAGCAAUUCUUAAAUAUCUUUCAAAAAAUUGGUACAAAUGAUUUGAGUAAAAAUGAUUUUAUAUUAUCGUGCUUUGAAGAAGUCAUGUCACCACAUUGGCCACAACCACAAUCAGAAUACCAUUGUCGCAUAUGUAAUUAUGAGGAAUUCGCAACAGAGGAGGCAUUGGAUACUCAUAUAACAUCAGCACAUCAUGUGAUUCUUGAAAAAAGUUACAGUCUAUCAUUCUGUUUGGCUUGCCAACUUCAUUGUGUUGACGCCAAAGGCAUAGCGGAGCACAGAAAACAACCCAAACAUAAGUUGCUUGACAAACUAUUUCAAGAUCUUAAAAGUGAAGCUUUAACAUAUUGGAAAGAGCAGCAACAACAACAGUUUCACAAUGUUGAAAUAGAGAAUGUUCAAAAAAUAACUUCUGUUUGUUCCAUCAAAAUUAAACAAAAUGACACUAUUGAUAAUCAGCCUACCAAAUCCCUUCACGUAUGCAAAAAAGAAAGUAAAAGUUCCAGGAUCAAUCCUAAAAGUAAAUUCAAAAAUACAACUACCGAAAGAACUGGUAAAGAGCUUCAAAUUGAGAAAGCAAACGUGAAAAAGCCAGUCCCAGCCAUAGUUUCUAUGAUAAACCAACAAAUUAAAGGAAAUAACAAGCAGGCCAAACCUGAGCAACUCCUGGCCAAACCUGAGCAACUCCUGGCCAAGCUAGAAGUUCAAAAAGAAAAAGCUAAAAAACUGGUUCCAAAAGUAGUCGCUGUUGUGAACCAGCAAAUUAAAGAAAGUGACAAGCUGGUUAAAUCUGAAAUUCAAAAAAUAGAAGCUAAGAAAUCAGUUUUAAAAGUAGUCUCUGCAAUAGACAAACAAAGUAAAGAAAAGAAACCAGGCAAGCCUGAAAAUAUAAAAGAUAAAGUGGAGAAAACAGUUCCAAAUGUCGUCUCUACAAUAAGCCAACAAAUUAAAAAGACAAGCAAGACCAGCAAGAUGAGCAGUGCUCCAAAAAGUGUGGAGGCUCAAACUCAAAGAAAAACAAAGCAAAAGUCAAGAAUGAAUUUAAUCUUUUAGGUCCCUAAUUCAAAAGCAUAAAGAUAAGUAUCCUCACCGGUACCAACCUUAUCCUAAGAGUAAUGCCAACAUCGAUUAUUAUGGUGAUUAUGGUUCUAACAACUAUUACCAAAGCUAUAUGCCAUAUA